GGGACAGCGGCAGCGGCGGCAUGGGGUGCGGCGGCGCGUGCUGGAGAGGCAGCGGCGUCCCGGGCGGACUCAGGCGGUGGCUGUCCUCAGCUGCCCCGGCACCUCGGAUCUGUGUGGUGGGCAGCGGGCCCGCCGGCUUCUACACGGCUCAGCACAUCCUCAAGCACCAUGGCGGGGCCCAAGUGGACAUCUAUGAGAAGCUGCCUGUUCCCUUUGGGCUCGUCCGUUUUGGGGUGGCCCCUGACCACCCUGAAGUGAAGAACGUGACCAACACCUUCACGCAGACGGCGCGCUCGGAGCGCUGCGCCUACUACGGGAACGUCACCGUGGGGAGGGACGUCACGGUGGCAGAGCUGCAGCAGGCUUACCACGCCGUGGUGCUGAGUUAUGGUGCUGAAGGUAACCGUGUGCUGGGGAUCCCAGGGGAGAAGCUCUGCGGCGUUCAUUCGGCUCGUGCCUUCGUGGGCUGGUACAAUGGGCUGCCCGAGAACCGGGAGCUGAAGCCUGACCUGAGCUGUGAGACGGCUCUGAUCCUGGGACAUGGGAAUGUGGCGCUGGACGUUGCCCGGAUCCUCUUGUCCCCACUACAGCUCCUCAGGAAGACAGACAUCACUGCUGGCUCCCUGGCAGCUCUCGCCUGCAGCAAGGUGAAGCGUGUCUGGCUGGUUGGGAGGAGGGGACCUCUCCAAGUUGCUUUCACUAUCAAGGAGCUGCGGGAGAUGAUAAACCUGCCUGGUACCAGACCUGUCCUGAGCCCUGCUGACUUCACAGGCCUUGAAAAUGCUAUUAAAGAUGCCCCAAGGCCCAGGAAGCGACUGACUGAGCUGAUGAUCAAAACAGCCCUGGAAAAGCCUGGGGAGAAGACUGUGGAGGUGCAGGCAGCAGCCCCUCGGGAGUGGGGGCUGAAGUUCCAGCGCAGCCCUCAGGAGAUGCUGCCCAGUGCUGAUGGGACUCGAGUGAGAGGGGUUCGUCUGGCCCUGACACGCCUGGAGGGCUCAGGUGACUCUGCUAGAGCCAUCCCCACUGGAGAUGUGGAGGAGCUGGAGUGUGGGCUGGUGCUCAGCAGCAUUGGCUACCAGAGCCUGCCCCUGGACCCAGCAGUGCCUUUUGAUGCCCAGCGUGGUGUUAUCCCAAACAGCUCUGGCAGAGUGGAGGGUGUCCCAGGUCUGUACUGCAGUGGGUGGGUGAAGAGAGGACCCACGGGGGUGAUCAUCACCACCAUGAAUGACAGCUUUGACACUGCCCAGUCUGUGCUGGAGGAUCUCCAGGUGGGCACUCUGGACGUGUCCACCUCCAGAGAAGGCUUUGGAGCCGUGGAGAGCAUCCUGCGCAGCCGAGGGGUCCGUCCUGUUUCCUUCUCUGACUGGGAGAAGAUAGAUGCUGCUGAAGUGGCAAGAGGCAAAGCUGCUGGCAAGCCCCGGGAGAAGAUAGUGGAUCCUCAGGAGAUGCUGCAGCUGAUUGGGCAGUAAAGCAGCAGCAAUGGAAAGGUGGCACUGGUCCAGCUGCUAUGCCAGCAGGUUACAGACAUAGCCCAGGAGCACAGGGCUUGUGCCUAGAGCUGGUGGCUGCUCUGGGGAGGUUUGAUACUUGAGCCUCUCCCCUAAGGAUGAACUCUGGCUUCCCAAAGUGAAAGUCUCAAUGCAUUGGAGGCUGCUGGAUGGCCCUGCACUGGCCCAGGAGCUGCCACUCCUGGAGGUGAUUCUUGUCACUGGGAUCCUUCAAGCAGAAAGGAAUUGAUUGGAAAUGUGCACUGGAUGGGGCAAAUAUGCCCCAGGCUGGAGCCCUGCCCAGGCACUGCCCUGUGGCAAGUCACACAGAGAACCUUCCUUGUGUCUUUAAGCCAAAUGGCUUCAUGGCCUUGUCAUUCAUGCCUUAGCAGGCUUCUUUUAGUAAUAAUUGUUUUUUAAAAUAGAAUAAACCCUUCCAGGAAAGCCAAACUGAA